UUUAAGGACAUUGUCACUUCACUGAGGAUCAGCAUCUACCCAUGCCUGUCACAGUCAAGCAUAAUUCUUCAUUCAGCGCUCCCAGUGCUGUCGGGUCAAAACUUCACUACUCAGCUGAAGGCAUGGUGCUGAACGGUUUGAGUAAUUUAAGUGCUUUUGAAUCUUAUGGUGGCUAUGGGACCCGCAUCUCCAGUUCUUUAUCCUCGGUGGUGGGCGCAUAUGAGGUCACAACUGGUGCCAAUGAAAAGCUGACUAUGCAGAAUCUUAACAACCGCCUGGCAUCCUAUCUGGAGAAGGUGCACGCUUUAGAAGCUGCCAACAGGAAGAUAGAGCUGCAAAUAAGAGAGUUUUAUGAGAACAGGAGCCCUGCUAUCCACAAGGAUCUGUCUAAAUACUUCAUCACAAUUGAAGAUCUCCGCAAACAGGUUCUUGCCCGUUCCAAAGAAAAUGCCCAGCUCCAUCUGCAGCUGGACAAUAUCAACCUGGCAUGUGGUGACUUUAAGAUGAAGUUUGAGAUCGAAAUGAACAUGCGGUUGCUUGUAGAAGCAGACCUGGCUCGUCUGCGGGGGACUUUGGGGGCGCAUCAGUUGGCCUGUAAAGACUUGGAGUUCCAGAUUCCUGGGCUGAAGGAAGAACUGGUGUAUCUCAAGAAGAACCAUGAGGAGGAGCUGCACUUGCUUCGUACAGAGCAGAGUGGCUCAGUGAAUGUGGAGGUUGACUGUGCCCCCUCUGCGAACCUUGAUAAGGAGCUGCAGGAGAUGAGAGAGCAGUAUGAGACCCUCAUCCAAAAGAACCUCAGAGAGACUGAACAUUGGUUCCAGAGCAAGGCAGAAACAUUGAAGUCUCAGGUGACCAGCAGCUGCACUGAGAUAAAAACUUCUCAGACAGUACUCACUGACCUGAGGAGAAACUUCCAGAACCUGAAGAUAGAAUUGGACGCAGCUGUAAUGCAGAAACAAGUCCUAGAGAAGAACGUGGUUGAUGUGGGGUUACGUUACAGUGCCCAGAUAACUCAACUUCAGAUACAAAUAGACCAUUUUCAGGAGGAACUCCAGAAGCUCCAUGUCAGCAUCCAAAAGCAGGCCACUGAAUACCAAGUGCUGCUAGACAUCAAGAUGAGGCUGGAACUGGAGAUCGCUGAAUACAGAAGGCUUCUGGAAGGAGAGGGGAGAGAAAGUGUCGUGACAUCAACUGUAAAAGAGACUGUGACCAAAACAGUGAAAAUAGAGGAAACGGUGGAAGAGGAACAUAAUCCUCAUAUCCAGAGGCGGGUGAAGGUUAUCGUGGAGGAGCUGGUGGACGGGAAAGUUGUAUCCACUUCAGUGGAUGAGAAAAUUCAUGAACUGAGCAGCUGAGUAGAGGAUCCAUCAGCCUUACACAUAUUACUAUGAUAUGUGCUUUACACAUAUUAUUACAAUAUUAUAUUCUUAGAGACAGUAAUCAAAAUAAUAAUGCAGAACAUAAUAAUUCCAGAAUACAGCAACUUCUGUAACAUUAUAACAUUUAUUUGGGCUCUCAGUGGGACCUUGUUUUUCUCUAUAUGUGGUGAGAUACACUACCGUUCAAAGUUUGGAAUCAUUUAUCAUUUAAGUUCUUAUUUAAUAACAGCUUAUAUGGCUAUGAGACACCAAAGUCUAAAUUGAGUGUAUUCACAGUUCAAAUAUUUUUGGAGGAAUGGAAAGCUAUGUCAUAGUAAAAAAGUAGUACAGGUUAUUAAACAGUGCACUGUAGUGAUUUAUUUAUAGUAAUUUAUGUUCUUGGCACAUGAGAGCACACAAAUGUUAUAAGUGGAAAUUGGGGAUAAAAAUACAAUGCAGAAAAUUUCUAAAAUAUUUUAUAAAAAAAGAAAAUAUAAGAUACACAAGAGCUCAUUAGUUUUAUUACUUGUUCAUUAUUAAUGCUUUACAAUUUUUCAAUUAUUAUAGAAUCAUCUGCAUUAUUCACUGAAAAUGUUUUUUAUUUUAACAACAGUUUGAAACAUUAAGAAUAACACAGGUUGGUGAUUCCAAACCAUUGAAUUGUGGUGUAUCCUAAGGGUCAUGUGUAGUGUUCAGCCACUAGGUGUCAUUAUUGUCAUACUCAUACGUGUUCAGGACUCUCAUGCACAAAGCUAGGUGAAAUUCUGUAACCAAUGCUAUAGGACAACUAUAUAUGUAGUACUAAACAAAGAGGUUUCUGUCUAUUGUCUAUAUAUAUAUCAAGAGCAAAUUGUUAUAGUAUAUAAACAAAACCUUGUAUCUCCAAAAUAGUAGAUGGUAUUUUACUUUAAAUGGAAAUUUUCCAAGUAAUGAUAUUAUUUCAGUUGGUCAGUUCAUCCUAAACAGUGUAAAGGCCAGCUGGUCUUAGCAAAAAAUGGAAAAAAAUGAAGAUCCAACAAUGAUGAUAUAUAUACAGCCCAACAUAUUGUUCUAAUAAACCUGCAUAAUCUA